CACAGAGAGAUUUAAUUUGAGCAGCCUCAAAUCUCUGCAGUCCACUCAUUUCCAAUAUGAAGACUUUAGCUCUGAUUCUUGGAAUGCUUGCUUUGAUGAACUUCAGCAGAGUCCAGGUUGUAGGUCAAACAACCACUGCCACAGAAUCUCCAAUUACCACAACAUCAGUCGCUCCAACUACCUAUACACCAGUAGCUACAACUACAACGACAACGGCAGCUCCAAAUACCACGACAAACGCAGCUCAAACUACCAGAACUACAGCAGCGCCAACUACCAAUACAACAGCAGCUCCUGAGACCAAUACAACAGCAGCUCCAACUACCAAUACAACAGCAGCUCCAGCUACCAAUACAACAGCAGCUCCAACUACCAAUACAACAGCAGCUCCAACUACCAAUACAACAGCAGCUCCUGAGACCAAUACAACCGUAGCUCCAACUACCAAUACAACAGCAGCUCCAACUACCAAUACAACAGCAGCUCCUGAGACCAAUUCAACAGCAGCUCCUGAGACCAAUACAACAGCAGCUCCAACUACCAAUACAACAGCAGCUCCUACUACCAAUACAACAGCAGCUCCUACUACCAAUACAACAGCAGCUCCUGAGACCAAUACAACCGUAGCUCCAACUACCAAUACAACAGCAGCUCCUGAGACCAAUUCAACAGCAGCUCCUACUACCAAUACAACAGCAGCUCCUGAGACCAAUACAACAGCAGCUCCAACUACCAAUACAACAGCAGCUCCUACUACCAAUACAACAGCAGCUCCUACUACCAAUACAACAGCAGCUCCUGAGACCAAUACAACCGUAGCUCCAACUACCAAUACAACAGCAGCUCCAACUACCAAUACAACAGCAGCUCCAACUACCAAUACAACAGCAGCUCCUGAGACCAAUUCAACAGCAGCUCCUGAGACCAAUACAACAGCAGCUCCAACUACCUCGACAACAGCAGCCCCAAUCACCACGACAACAGCAGCCCCAACUACCUCGACAACAGCAGCUCCAACUACCAUGACAACGGCAGCUCCGACUAUCAUCACGGCAACUAGCAUGACAGUGGUAGCUCCCACCGCCAUGACAACGAGACCUCCAACGACCAGCAGAGGCACAUCAGUCAAAGUGUCUUUGUUGAGCUCUUUGGCGCCACUGCUCUUCUACACACUGCGUCCCUGAGGGGACCAGCGCCCCCGCCCUGGUGAUCAUGAAAAACCAUGAUGAAAUGUCAUUUUUUGCAUUAUUACGUUUUUUAGAUAACUGUGCCAUGACUCUGGAUCCUAUCCCUGUAAAUGCAGCCAUGCGUUAUGCAAUUUUUUUUAUACUAUAACAUUCUGUUGAAAGGAUCGAAUAUGUAAGGCAGCCAAGCUUCAUAUAUGUUGUUGCGCUAUAUGUAGUAUUUUGUAUCACAACUUAUUUCCUGUACCACUUUUUUGGUUUGUGAGAGACUUUUCUGUUUAGCUCAUUCUAUUUUGGAAUUUACGCUUUGAUUGUUCCAAGCCUCUGGAUGAAGUCUGCACUGCUUAGCAUCAAUAGUUUGGGUUUUA